AAUUUCACUUGUCGUGUAUUCAUUCCCAAAUCUCAAAUUGGUCGUCAGUUCUUUAGACAGGACGUGUGUAUGUUUAAUGCAUGUGUACGUUUAUGCAUCUCUCUUUCUUUCUAGUACGAACCUACCUGCACUUGCCUUCGUCUUCUUCUCCUCUGAUUUAAUUUAUUUGUUCUCUCAAAACUACUCCUUGAUUCACGAAAUUUGACAAAGAUUCUCCAGAUUCGCAUGUGCUUGAAUUGGGAUUCACAUAAGAUAAGAUGGGGCUGUUGGAUCUCUUCAUCACUGCAUCAAUGCCCGUCCUCAAAGUCCUUUUGAUUACCGCACUUGGAUUAAUACUUGCUCUCGAUCGUAUCGACUUAUUGGGACAAGAUGCAAGAAAACAUUUGAAUAAUAUAGUAUUUUUUGUAUUGAAUCCAGCCCUUGUCUCCAGCAACUUAGCCAAAACAAUCACAUAUGAAAGCCUGAAAAAAUUGUGGUUCAUGCCUUUCAAUAUACUCUUCACUUUUAUUGUUGGUUCAAUUCUUGGUUGGGCAGUCCUUCAAAUUACAAGGCCUCCCCAACAUCUACGUGGACUGGUUGUUGGCUGUUGUGCUGCAGGAAACUUGGGCAACAUGCUUCUCAUUAUUAUUCCAGCCGUUUGUAAAGAGAAAGGGAGCCCUUUUGGGGAUCCUGGUGUUUGUCACACAUAUGGAAUGAGCUAUGCUUCACUUUCGAUGGCAGUAGGGGCAAUUUAUCUAUGGUCUUAUGUUUAUAAUAUUGUGAGAAUAUCAUCAAGUAGGAGCUCAAAGGAAGUUGGGAUCAAUGAUUCCUCCGCCAGUAUAUGUUCGAGAGAAGGCUCUAUAUCUACAGAAUCACUACUUCCGGCGAAGGCCCCACCAGAACAACUUGGGAUUCCUUCCACUAGAUUUGAUCACAAAACUCAGGCCCACCAUGGUGCUAGACUAAAGCAGUUCAUGGAAAAUGUUUCAAGGAAGAUCAACCUGAAGAGGUUAUUGGCCCCUUCUACUACUGGAGCGAUUGCAGGUUUUACAGUUGGACUUGUACCUCAGAUAAGGAAGUUGAUGAUUGGUGAUGUAGCUCCUUUACGUGUAAUCGAAAAUUCAGCUAUUUUACUAGGGGAUGGAGCCAUUCCACUUCUAACGCUGAUCAUGGGAGGUAACCUUUUGAAGGGUUUGACCGGUUCAGGGAUUCAGAAAUCCCUACUUCUUGGCAUUAUUGUUGUCAGAUACAUUGCCCUACCUCUUAUUGGUAUCGUUGUAGUCAAAGGAGCUAUUCGCUUGGGCUUGGUGCAACAUGAUCCAUUAUAUCAAUUUGUGCUUUUACUUCAAUUUGCACUUCCACCAGCAAUGAACAUUGGCACCAUAACACAGUUAUUUGGAGCUGGUGAGAGCGAGUGUUCAGUGAUUAUGUUUUGGGCUUAUGCAUUGGCUUCAAUAGCGCUUACUCUGUGGACAACAUUCUUCAUGUGGCUUGUAUCUUAACUUCAUUUUUUUAAUAUCAGACAUAAACAAGUUGACAUGUCCACCAGUCUACUAUGAUAACGAAAAUCAGGAACUAAAAGUUCAACCCUGUUAGAUGUAAUCAUUAAUAUAACCAGUGUAAUCAACAGCAAAAAAAGCUCUAAGGCUUGUUUGGGAUUUAAGUGCAAAUAAAGAUUCUGUAGUGUCGUUUCUUCAA